GUCAAAGAAGCCUUGUCUUUACAGUUAUUUUCGCGAUUUCAAGUUUUUUCUCGCCAAAACUAACAUUUUUGCAAAAAGAUAUUUAAUUUUCGAUUAUAAAUUAAAAAUCAUGUCGGAAAAGGAAGAAGAAUCAAUUGAGUAUCUUACAGAGAAUGGUAUUUUUCCUAGACUACUGGAGAUUUUAAAGCAACUGGUUGAAAUCGAUCCAUUGCCAUCGGAUCCUCUAAUGUACAUUUUGCAUUUACUGGGCUGUCCACUCAUUCCUCAGGCCCAAAUGAAGGCCUUGGAACGUAAGGUGUCACGUGCCCACGAUGAAUUGCGCUAUUUGCGACGCUUAAUCAUAGAUUUAGAUGCCGACGAUCAGCUUUACGACAGCGAAAGCGAUGUGGAGGAAUAUGUGGGCAACGUGGAGGAUAACAAUUCAUCGGCCAACGAAAUUUCCCUGGUGGAAAGCAACGAAUCUCAUGAGGACUUCUCACGACCGGGAAUCGUAGUUCACUCUUCAAUGAUAUCACUCAAGGAUUCCGAUUCUUAAAAUCAAUAGAUCCUGCAACAUCAUAUCACAUUUGCCGUUGAGGCUUUAUUAUGUGCUGUGUACAUAUCUUUGGCAGCUGCAUGUGAGUUUUCCAACUUACAUAAUUUAUACAAUGCAUUGUAUAUUUAAAACUUGUAGGGGCACUACCUCUAUUACAAAUUCAUUAAACAUUGUUAUUUGGCAUGCAA